GCCACCCUCAGAUUCCCUCAUUCUACUUUCCAUUCCACACUUCUCUUUCAAUCCAAUAAAUAUCUAAAUUCAAAACUCUCAACAACACAAAUUCUCUCUUAGUUAUCCCUUGCAAUUCAAGAAAAGAAAAAAGAAAAAAAAAUUGCCACCAUUUGAGCUAAAUCAUGACUGCUGCUCCUUUCUUGAUUGAAUCAAACCUCAAAUAUAACCCUUUGUUGUAUACUCCAAACCCAAUACAAUAUACCCGUUUACUCCAUCACCAAAAGCUUACACCCUCAAAACUCUCCAAACCCACCAAGCUUACCGUCAAAUGCUUCAACAAGAACCAUAAAAAUGGGAUCUUUAAUGAUAAAAACGGGUUAGAAUUGAAAAACAAAGAAACCCCAUUUGAGAAAGUUGCUAAAAGUGUUAUGAAAGCCCUUAAAGCUUUGCGAAAACCCGCUGUAGCAGCUGUACUAGUCGGGUUGUUGUUGAUGUAUGAUCCGAAUUCAGCAUUGGCUGCUUCUGGUGGGAGGAUUGGUGGCAAGUCUUUUUCGUCGUCGCGUAGCUCAAUGUCUUCGUCUAGGGGGUAUUCUAUGAGGACAGGAGAACCUAAGUUUUCGUAUUCGGUACCAUAUUAUGCUCCCUCCCCUUUUGGUUUUGGUGGGGGUGGAGUUUAUGUAGGACCAGCUGUUGGUUUUGGGUCAACUGCAUUUUUGGUUAUGAUGGGUUUUGCUGCUUUUGUUUUGGUUUCGGGGUUUCUGUCUGAUCGGUCUGAGGGCAGUGUGCUUACUGCAACUGACAAAACUAGUGUUCUCAAGCUGCAGGUUGGGUUGUUGGGCUUGGGUAGAUCACUUCAAAAGGAUCUCAACCGGAUUGCAGAAGUGGCAGAUACAUCCACACCAGAGGGUUUAAGCUACGUCUUGACGGAGACAACAUUAGCUUUGCUUCGACACCCUGAUUAUUGCAUCUCAGCUUAUUCAUCUGUUGAUGUCAAGAGGGGCAUGGAGGAAGCCGAGAAUCGAUUCAAUCAACUUUCCAUUGAGGAACGUGGUAAAUUUGAUGAAGAGACACUUGUGAAUGUGAACAACAUUAGGAGGAAAAGCUCUACGAGCCAGAGGUCAAAUGGAUUUAGCAAUGAAUACAUAGUGGUUACAAUCUUGGUAGCUGCUGAAGGUGCUUAUAAAUUGCCUACUAUUAAUGGAAGUGGAGACUUGAAAGAAGCCUUGCAAAAGAUCGCUUCUAUUCCUUCCAGUAGAACACUGGCAGUUGAGAUUUUAUGGACCCCACAGAACGAAAACGACACAUUAUCAGAACGAGAACUUCUUGAGGACUACUCUCUCUUGAGGCCUCUGUAAGAAAUCUGGGAUUAUACAGGGUCCUAUUAACCCCUUUUUUGUUAUAUUCCUGUAUAUAACUCAUAGAGCAUCGAUAAUACUUGUAUAAGAAUGAGGGAAUAUCGUCGUAAUUGUACUAGUCAAAUUGUGUAUAUAUAAAGGCUGUAUUCUCUUUAAA